AUGGUGGUCCAGUCCAAGAACCAGGCUUUGCUUGCUCCUUACCUCGAGCUCCCUCAGAAUGGAAAGGUGGCCGCUGAGUAUAUUUGGCUUGAUGCCGAUGGCAUGCCCCGUGCCAAGACCACCACUUGCGACGGUCCGGUUCGGUCGCUGUCGGACCUGAAGGAGUGGAACUUUGACGGCUCGUCGACGGGCCAGGCACCUGGCAACAACUCGGACGUGCUCCUGCGCCCUGUGGCCUACUAUCCCGACCCCUUCCGCCGUGGCGACAAUGUCCUUGUGCUGGCUGAGUGCUACAACAACGACGGCACCCCGAACAAGGCCAACUACCGUCACAACGCCGUGCAGAUCUUUGAGCAGUGCAAGGACCAGCACCCGUGGUACGGUAUCGAGCAGGAAUACUCCCUGAUCGCGGAAGAUGAUCGGCCUCUGGGCUGGCCUGUGGGUGGCUUCCCCGGUCCCCAGGGCCCUUACUACUGCGGUGUGGGUGCGGGCCGUGUGGUCGGUCGUGACAUUGUCGAGGCGCACUACCGUGCUUGCUUGUACGCUGGCAUCAACCACUCGGGUAUCAACGCGGAGGUGAUGCCGUCGCAGUGGGAGUUCCAGGUCGGUCCUUGCGAGGCCAUCGAGAUGGGCGACCACCUCACAAUUGCGCGCUACCUGCUGCUCCGCAUCGCCGAGGAGUGGGGUGUCAAGGUGUCGUUCCACCCCAAGGCUGUUCCAGGUGACUGGAACGGUGCGGGCUGCCACACGAACUUCUCGACCGAGGCGAUGCGCAAGGAGGGUGGUAUGAAGGCCAUUGACGCUGCCAUUGAGCGCAUGGGCCAGCGCCACACCGAGCACAUUGCCGUGUACGGUGAAGGCAACGAGCUGCGUCUCACUGGUCGCCACGAGACCGGCCACAUCGGCCAGUUCUCGGCCGGCGUUGCGAACCGUGGUGCCUCGAUCCGUAUUCCCCGCCAUGUGGCUGCGCAAGGCCAUGGCUACCUGGAAGACCGCCGUCCCGCGUCAAACAUUGACCCCUACCGCGUUACGGCGAUCAUUGCCGAGACGGUGUGCCUCUAA